AUGAAAUCAAUUUUCGGCAGUGCCAUUAUCAUCAUCGCCUGCCUGGCUUGCGGUAUCAUUGCCGAUGGUGAGGAUGCUCAUGCAGAGAUCAUACGUUUCACAAACGACAUCGAUCACGAUGGUAAAUACAAAUAUCACUACGAAACCUCAAAUGGUAUUACUGCCGAGGAGGAAGGUGAGGGUGGUCAUUAUGCUAAAGGCGGUUUUGCCUACUAUUCAGACGAUCAAGCAUUGUAUCAGCUGUCAUAUAAGGCUGAUGAGCUAGGUUUCCAUCCUACCGGUGAACAUUUACCAAAACCUCAUCCAAUACCAGCUGCCAUUUUAAAAUCCAUUGAAUAUAUCCGCACCCAUCCACAAAAAGAGGAGUAAUGAGGAGAACAUUAAACAGUAUUGCUGUACGAGAGGGCUACAGAUGGUAGCAGUAGAAAAUAAUUAUUAUUAAAAAUAAUUAAGGUUGAAUUUUAAAUCAUAGUAAGAAUAAAUUAUUUAGAAUUU